AGGACUGCACUCGCGCAUGUGCACUGGGCCUUAAACCAAGCUAUGCCCAUUGCCUUCCUACUCAGCGUUUGGGGCUUAACGCCUUACGUUGAGCAUCGUUUUCCGGCCUUUUUACGAGAUUUAUACUAUCCUAUAUACUUAUACUGAGGAGACGAGGCCCAGCAAUUGUUUAAAUGCCCUAGGACAUCAAAAGACUGAAGCAAUCGAGCCUCGGCCGCUGGAAGUUAGUGCCUGCGCUCAGCUCCGCCCCUCUUUCGGCGAAGCAACUAAGCAUGACCCUCCCCGCGACCUGUAUCGCGGCAGAGCUAGCGGGGAGCAAGCGCGGAAAAGCUUGGCGGGCGGUGUGUCGCCAUGGAAGCAGAUGGGACCUACGAGCCGGGCUUCGUGGGUAUACGAUUCUGCCAGGAAUGUAACAACAUGCUGUACCCCAAGGAAGACAAGGAGAACCGCAUUCUUCUCUACGCGUGCCGGAAUUGCGAUUACCAGCAGGAAGCCGACAACAGCUGCAUUUAUGUCAACAAAAUCACGCACGAAGUGGACGAACUGACCCAGAUCAUCGCAGACGUGUCCCAGGACCCCACAUUGCCGCGGACGGAGGACCACCCUUGCCAGAAGUGCGGCCACAAGGAGGCAGUGUUCUUCCAGUCGCACAGUGCCAGGGCCGAGGACGCCAUGCGCCUGUACUACGUAUGCACUGCCCCGCACUGCGGCCACCGCUGGACCGAGUGACACCCCCUUUGUUUCAUGUAAUAAAUGUCUGGUUCUGUG